AAACAAAGGCAACUGCCAGGUUCAAGGCUUCACUACCCUUUCCUGUGCCCGCAGCCCCCGUCACCUGCUCCACCUGGGCACUCGCUAUUGGAUGGUGAGGUGCCUGAACAGCAUGCAGAAGAUGCCCUAACUCCACGCCUGGGGAAGGUGUGUAAGCCCCACUCAGGACCUCAGGAGUGACACUGUGCAAGAGCCUGCAGGACAGGCGGGGGGCACCCCACAUGGGCCCUGGAGAGGGAGGCCCUUCCCCCCAGGCCUGGUCCUUCCCAGGAGGCAGUCAUCCAGGACUGUUGGGUCCCCAGAGGCCCUCCUUUGCUUUGCCAAGAGGAGGUGCUACCUGCCAGUUGCACCCCUGCAGCCCGAUCACGCCCAGGUGUGCCUUUCAGCUGCAGGUGUUGGCCCUAACGCAGGGUCUGAGGAGCAUUGGCUCCUCACCUGUUGGGGGUGGAGAUGUGAGGGUCUAGGGGCAGACAUGCCAGCACAAUUUGGGGUGCGCAGCGUUGGGAGCUGCUGCCCAGCAGGGGGGAGGGGGAGGGCACUCAGCAUGGCAGGGCCUUAGGCGCAUCUAGUCCGUGCCCUCCCUACCGUGCACCGGGGCAGACCUGGAGAGGCAGGACACCACCAGACCCACUGUGAGGCUUCCGGUGGGAGGCCCCGGCCACCUCACCUGUGCAGGCCACUCACCAGGGCUCCAAAUGCCAAACGGGACCGAACCCUCACAGGCUUGCCCAUACUGGAAGCAGGUGACACAGAUCAGUGACACACCCAAUUUUGCCCACCUAAACCGGGGCCAUGUGCACACACGAGACAUGAACCCAAGAUGAUGCCCGCCCAGGAGACUUGACCAGGUGUCUGCUCCCCCCUGCUCGGCACAUGAGCCCACUCGGCAGGUGUCCUGUGAGGCCCCAAGUGUACACGACGGUGCACACCGCCUGUGAGCACAGGGGCACAUGCACGCACACACUGGCCUUGCUGGAUAGUGUCACUGCCAGGCUGGCUUCCUCCCCCCUCCUCUUCCUUAGAGACACAGAACUUAAUAAGCCCCAUGUGCACCUGGGACUCAGCCAGCUCUGGUGCGUUAGGGAUGCGCUGGGUGGCGCAGGGGGGCUGGGCCAGCAAGGGUCCUGUGUCCCCCUCCAGCUCCUAGGUGUGACACCCAUGGAUGUGCAUGGGACAGAGGAGGUCCCUCCCCAGACCUAGAAAGCUCUCCGUGUGGCUAGGCCCAGCCUGUGGUCUGACCUCAGGCCUGCAGGUAGGUCUCCAUCCAAACUCCCCACCCACCCAACAGGGGCACCAGGUUCCCACCUGUCCCCUGUCCAAUGCCCUGCCAGUGCUGGGAGCCCCCAGUUCCCGCUUCACUCUGUGGACGGAGGGCCCUGCAGUGGGGGAGGGCAGAGUGCGCCUGUAUCUUGGAGCUUGGGCCUGAGGGAGCGUGGGGCUGGGCCAGGCUCAGGGCAGAGCCUCUGUUGUGGAGGCAGGCAGUGCCCAAGAGGGCCUCAGCCUAGAGGCGCCCGCACUGGCAGUCCCCAUCCAUGACAGAGGUUUCCCUAGUCAUAGCAGAAGCUGGCAGGACCUUGAGGGAACCCUGCUGCCCACCCCUCCACACUGGCAGGAGGGCCCUGCAGGGGGGACUGUGGGGACCAAGGGGCAGGGUCCCCCACUUAACCACCAGCUGAGGCCCAAGCCUGUCCACGGGCCUCCCUUCUCUCCAGCCCAGGCCUCAAAGAGCACUGACCACCCGCUGACGACCCUGUGUGCACCCCCACCCACUGCCUCCUGGACAAUCUGAAAAGGCUGCUUCAGAUGCAGCUUGGCCCUACAGCUCCCCUGAUUUUCCUUACCAAACUCAGCACCCCUGAAGUACCCCAUCUCAGGAAAUGACACCCCCAUUCUCCCAGGGGCUCAGCUGAAACCCAGUGACCCUGAAUGCUGUCUUCCCCCAACAGUCCUGGUGAGGCAGAGCCCAUCCCCCUGGCUCCCGCCUCCGGGGACGCCUGCUGACCUCUCGCUGGUCUCUGACUACACCCCAAGCCAGGAGCCUGGAGGCUCAGCCAGCUCCUCCUCCAAGCCUUUGCCCUCCUCAGAGGCACCCCCAUGUCCAUCUGAGCUCUGCCCUGUUACUCUGCCCCACCCCCAUUGCUAUUCUCACCCUCUACAAACUGCAGUUUCCUUCUAGGAAGCCACGGUCCCGUCCCCAUCCCAGGACAUGAGCCCACUGGGCCGGGCGCUCUGGCCCCUGGCGUUCCAAGUGCCAGCGCUCAGGGUGGCACCGGCGGCUGCUCUCGGGGAUGGAACGUUCAAUGCCUGAAUCCACAGGGACCUUCAUGCACGGGGCAGCGGUCUUCUCUCCUGACGCACUCUCCUCCCCCAACUCUCCGGUCUCCCCUCGCCCGGCCCUGGCCGGAAGCGCCCACUGCCCGAGAAAGGACGAGGGAAUUGUUAGGAACCGUUCCUGACCGCGCAUCCAGGCGCCGACAGGGGUGACUGAGCCCAGGGGACACAGCGUCGCGGGGCCGCCUGAGACUCCGACAGCGCAGAGAGGGAGGGGCGGAACCGGACGGGUGGCAGGAAGGCGCAUGCGCGCCUCGCCGCGCCCGGUCCCGCCCCCAGGCCGCCGCGGCACGUGACCGGCGUUUCCCCGGCCCUGCGAUGACGCACGCUCCGCGCACGCGCAGGCCGCGACGGCUGCAGCAGAACCCAUGGCGUCCGAGCGACUCCCGAGCCGGCCUGCCUGCCUCCUCGUGGCCAGCGGCGCCGCGGAGGGUGUGUCGGCCCCGUCCUUCCUCCACUGCUUCACGCUGGCCAGCGCCGCCUUCAACCUGCAGGUGGCCACCCCUGGGGGGAAGACCAUGGACUUCGUGGACGUGAAUGAGAGCAAUGCACGCUGGGUGCAGGACUUCCGCCUCAAGGCCUAUGCCAGCCCCGCCAAGCUCGAGUCCAUCGACGGUGCCCGGUACCACGCCCUCCUGAUCCCCAGCUGUCCCGGGGCCCUGGCCGACCUGGCCAGCAGUGGGUCCCUGGCCCGCAUCCUGCAGCACUUCCGCUCCGAGAGCAAGCCCAUCUGUGCCGUUGGCCACGGGGUGGCCGCCCUCUGCUGUGCCACCAAUGAGGAUGGGUCCUGGGUGUUCCAAGGCUACAGCGUGACCGGGCCCUCUGUGUAUGAGCUCGUCCGGGCACCCGGCUUUGCCCACCUGCCCCUCAUCGUGGAGGACUUUGUGAAGGAUGCCGGCGCCAGCUUCAGUGCCAGUGAGCCUGAUGCCAUGCAUGUCGUGCUGGACCGCCACCUCGUCACGGGCCAGAACGCCAGCUCCACCGCCCCGGCCGUACACAGCCUGAUCUUUCUGUGCGGCAGCCGGGAGUGGCCAGCCUGGCCCCUGCACGUUCAGCUCUGCCUUGCUGUUACAGGAACAGGCUGGUUCCAGGGCAAGGAGGGCCGUCCCGUCCCCACCAGGCCCUGCCCAGUGCAGUGGCAUGCAAAGCUGAACAAAGUCCAAAUGGCGCCCUAAAACUUAUUCAUGGAGCUGUGCCACACCCCUUGGCCCAGUGCGUCCAGACACCCUGGUUUUGAAGCUGGGCCAGUGCACUUCAUGCUGUCCCCAUGAGGUGGCGCCAUCAGCCCACAGGAACCUGGCAUCCUGGCCACUGCUUCAGAGGGCAGCGAGGCAGAAGGCCUCUCCCAUCAGCACCCACAGCCCAGGAGUGCCUGGGAACCCCUGCACCCCAACUCCCACCAGCACACAUUAUGGGCCUGGAGGCCAUUGGGAUCUGGGCACUGAGGAGCUACUCAGGAGGGUCCCCACCCAGCAGCACCAAGACAAGGGGCUACGGUAACUGCCUGUGUCACC